GAAUCGAGCCCCCUAGAGGCCCCUCACUGCCGGCCUCGCGCCGUGGUACUCUUGAAUCUUGCCCCUGGGAGAAGCAAGGUUCGUCUUGAGCCACGAAGCGAACUCCCGAAGAGGUCGCACCCGGCCGUUCACCCCAUGUCCAAUAACCCCACAAAGGAGGUGUUCCCGUCUUUUGCGUUCUUUAGUCGUGACGAGAUUGAAGUGCUUCGUUCCCCUCGCUACUCUAAAUUCUUCGACAGAAACAUCGAUUCGCCCAUCAUGCUUCUCGAUACCAUCGUCACCGGUCUCCUGAUGGCCGCCAGCGCGGCCGCCAUCCCUAUCGAGAACCCCAUGGAGCUCAUCAAGCGCGCCCCGAGCGCUGGCGUCGUGAUCCAAAAGUGCGCCAAGCCCGGCGUCUUCGCCCUCGCCUACGACGAUGGCCCGUACCAGUACACUUCCCAGCUGGUCGACAUCCUGAACAACGGCGGCGCCAAGGCCACUUUCUUCAUGACGGGAACCCUCUACGGGUGCAUCUACAACCAGCGCACCGCCGUCAAGAAGGCCUUCGACUCUGGCCACCAGAUUGCCUCGCACACCUGGACCCACCCGUCCACCUUUGGUAGCUUGACCACGGCGCAGCUCACGACCGAGAUGCAGAAGCUCGAACAGGCGAUGGUUAACAUCAUCGGCAAGAAGCCUGCCUACAUGCGCCCGCCGUACCUCGCUACCGGCGGAUCCGUGCUCUCGACGAUGAAGACGCUGGGAUACAAGGUCAUCACUGAUGAUGUAGACUCUGGCGAUUGGAACGGGCAGACGCCGGCGCAGAGCGAGGCCAAGUUCACUGCUGCUGGCGCGAGCGGCAACGGACAUAUCCCUCUCAUGCACGAGACCUACGCAACCACGGUGCAGACUUUGACCCCGUGGUUGAUCAACUGGGCGAAGCAGAACAACCUCAAGCUGGUUACUGUUGCUGAAUGUCUCGAUGAUGCCAGCGGCGCGUACCAGUCUGGCUCUUUCACUGGCAACGGCGCGACAACUUGCUAG